CACACCAAAUAAAUAAGAAAUAAAGAAAGAAAAAACUACAUUAAAUUUGCAUGCAUCUUGACUCUUCAGCGUACCCACUCCACAAAUCUUUCACAAACAUCCUGACAACACCACCAUCUAAAGUAUAAACUAUAAAGUAUAAAGUUAUAAACCCCAAGUCACUUACACAACCACUUCUCAAAAAUCAUGGCCUUUUCCGGCGACCAACCACCACCACCACCACCACCACACAUCGCCCUCCUCCCAAGCUCCGGCAUGGGCCACCUCACACCCUUCACCCGCCUCGCCGCCACUCUAGCCUCCCACGGCUGCCACGUCACCAUCCUCGUCAUCCAUCCCAUGGUUUCCUCCGCCGAGUCUCACCACAUCUCCGACCUUCUCUCCACCUUCUCCACCAUACACUCCCUUCAUCUUACCAUCACCCCUUUGGACAUUCCCGGUGAUCCCUUCUACCUCCAGUGCGAAGCCAUUCGCCGUUCUCCACACCUCAUAGUCCCUCUUCUCCGUGCUGCUUCUCCACCUCUCUCCGGCAUCGUUAUUGAUAUCAGCUUAGCCUCUGCUUUCCUUCCGGCCACCGCCGGCAUUGCUCUCACAAAUUACAUCUUCUUCACUUCCUCGGCAACAAUGCUAUCUUUGUACUCCUAUUUGCCAAUCUACAUAACUAACAAAACAACCUCAACAAUAGGUGAUGUUGAAGUCCCGGGAGUGCGUCUUGUGCAGAAGGCUUCAGUUCCAAUGGCGUUGCAUGAUCCUGAGGAGCUUUUCACAGUCCAAGUACUAGAGAAUGCCCGUGCUCUUGUGCAAGCUAAUGGAGUCUUGGUCAACACCUUUGAAGCUCUAGAGCCAAAAGCACUCAUGGCGCUCAAUGAUGGUGUUGUUGUGCCCGGGUUUCCUCCCGUCAUUGCUGUUGGGCCAUUGAAGCAACUCCUGUUGAAGAAAAAGCUGGUUUUUCCCUGGCUUGAUGAGCAGCCGGAAAGGUCGGUUUUGUACGUGAGCUUUGGUAGCCGUACGGCGAUGUCGGUGGAGCAAAUCAGAGAGCUGGGAAUUGGGUUGGAGUUAAGUGGAGUUAAGUUCUUGUGGGUGGUUAAAACGAAGAAGGUGGACAAAGAGGAAGAGGAAGUGGAGUUAGAGGAGGUGCUUGGAAAGGAGAUGGUGGAGAGGAUCAAGGAGAGAGGAUCAAUGGUGGUGCAUGGAUGGGUGGAACAAGAGGAGAUCUUGAAGCAUGGAGCUGUGGGUGGGUUUGUGAGUCACUGUGGUUGGAACUCGGUGAUGGAGGCGGCGAUGCAUGGCGUGCCGGUGCUGGCGUGGCCUCAGCAUGCUGACCAGAGAGUGAACUCUGAGUUGGUGAGAAGGAGUGGGUUGGGGAUUUGGGUGGAGGACUGGAGCUGGGGAGGUGAAGAGAAGGUGGUGAAGGGGGAGGAGAUUGGAGAAAGAGUGAAGGAGUUGAUGGACAACUCGGUGGUGCGGUCGUCGGCGGUGAAGGUGACGGCGGAGGCGGUGAAGGCUGUUGGAGAUGGUGGAAGCUCUGAGAAAAACUUGGCUGAGUUCAUUGCUAAGUUGAAGGUGUGAACUGUUGUUGUUAUUAAUGAAUCAAUUAAUUACUGGUUUAAUUAUGUGGAGUUUAUAAUAAUAAAUGGUUUUUAAUAA